GUAGGAGCCACGGCCGGGACAGCAGCAGCAGCGGCUAUCGCCUAUGGCCGUGAUCGCCACGCGCCAUCAUCUCAGGCACCGAUGCGGCAGACAGGCCAUCUACAGCCCGUCGUCCCGCCUGCCGCCGCCAGACGGGAACGGGACAGCAACAGGGUGUCAGUUUUCACAAACGACUCAAUGACCAGCGCCGGAUUCACCCCGUCUCCCGUCUCACCCAUCUCACCCACGAAUCUGCUUUCCCCAGGGACAGUCCGCACCUCGCGACCGGUCCAGGAACCGCCAGAUCCCCGCAUCACGGCAGCCGCCAACGCCCACGUCAGUCGAGGCAGCGUCAGCAGCAUCAGCACCGGCAGCGCUAUCAGCGCCGCGCUGGCGCCCGGGCAGAUGGCAUGGCCCAUGCCGCCCGGCACGCCGCCCGCCAUCCGCCACCCGGAUGGGCCGCACUACCUCAAUUUCCAGCAGACGGGCGAGACGGUCGUGAGGAUCAACCAGCCGCCACGCAGUAACCGG